ACCUUGAAUUGGCACCACCCUUCACAGCUGUUUAAUGUUUACAUUUUUGAGUUUCUGCAACAUUUUAUAGAGAAGUUAAUUUUGUUAAAAAUAAAAUGUUUAAAAAACCUAAGAGCAACAAAAAUAUUACUCCACCCUCGGCACCUACUUUGGAUGAGAUUUUGUCAGACAUUGAAACAUUCCAGGUGGAUGUAGAGCAACUGAGCAGCAAAAACAAAACACCCGACGUAGCCGUAAACAAUACAGAAGAGUGGUGGUCCGUUUUCGAACAAUUCAUUGAGGAUUUAAAGUGUUUGGAAAUGGUGCACAGUGAAGUUGAAGGCUUUAAAAUUAAACUUGAAUCUUUAAAACUAGAAAUUGAUACAGAAUCAAAGCUAUUGAAGAAUGAAAUAGACCAACAGCAGCAACUGAUUGACGUGGCACUGGAAUAACUUACCGCAUUAUGGGUGGAAUGAUUUCAUAUUGUGUCCACUGUUCAUUUAUUGUAGGUUGAUAGUCUUAAGAUGUAUUAACCGCCGUUGCUACAAAUAAUAAAUGUACCGAACGUUAUAUGUAUACCUUUUUCAUAGUACACACAUGAUAAAUAUUUAAUAAAACAAAUUUUAAACAAAAAUUUAUUUAA